UUCAAACAAAUAGUUUCACCAAAAAAAUAAAAAAUCAUGAAAUUCUUCGCUGUAUUUUUGGCUAUUUUCGCCCUCAUCUCCAGCAGUUUUGCUUUGAAGGAUGCUAUCUGCGCCCAACCCCACUCCAAGAACGGCAAUGGUGUUAUGGCCUGCCUGGGCUACAUGCCAUCCUGGUCCUACAACGUUGAAACCAAUGAAUGCGUUGAAUUCAUCUAUGGCGGCUGCAUGGGCAAUGACAAUCGUUUCGAUACCAAGGAACUUUGCGAAAAGAAAUGCAAAGAAUAA